GAUAAAUACUACAUAAGUCGAUUUCUGCACACAAUUAGCAACCGACAGAACCAAGAGAGAAAGAGAGAGAUGGAAGAAGAGUUGACAAACUUAAUCAAGGUAUGGAUCUCUGCCUUAAUCUCCAUAUCUUACUGUUACUACAUCUCUUCAAAACUCCCCAAGGGUUUUAUACGUCUCCUCUCUCUUCUUCCCAUCUUCAUCACCUUUCUUCUUCUUCCCCUCCUCCUCUCUUCUGUUCACUUCUGCGCUAUCUCAGCUUUCUUCUUCACAUGGCUCGCAAAUUUCAAGCUCCUUCUCUUCGCUUUUGAUCAAGAACCUCUAAGCCCACUUCCCUCAAAUCUCUCCCGUUUCUUCUGCUUCUCUUGUUUCCCCAUCAAAACCAAUAUUCGAAACCCUUCUUCAAAUCGAAUCUACAACAAACCUAUCUCCAAAUGGGUUCUUGCUAUCAAACUUUUGAUAUUUUCCUUCAUAUUACAUUUGUAUAGUAACAACUAUGAUAGAUCCCAGUCCGCUUUCUUGGCUCUCUUUAUCAUCCAUGUUUACCUUGAGGCAGAACUUAUCUUAGUCUUCGUCCGUGCCUUGCUCUCUACACUUCUUGGUUGUGAUCUCGAACCGGUCUUCAAUGAACCUUACUUAGCCACUUCUUUACAAGACUUCUGGAGCCGUAGAUGGAACCUCAUGGUCCCAGCCGUACUCCGUCCAGCCGUUCACGUACCGGUUCAGCGAGUUACUGCACCGUUACUAGGUCUACACUUGGCUUUCUAUGCUGGAAUGUUAGCCACGUUUCUUGUCUCAGGGUUAACGCAUGAGCUGAUUUACUUUUAUUUGAUCCGUAAACCUCCAACUUGGGAAGUCACUUGCUUCUUUCUGUUGCAUGGAGUUGUAACUUCCGCGGAGAUAGCUAUAAAGAGGACGCGGUGGCUUCCUCGGCCGCACCGGGCGGUCUCGGGUCUUGCGGUUGCGGCGUUUGUGCUCGUUACUGCCGGUUGGUUGUUUUACCCUCAAGUGUUGAGAAAUGAUGUGCAUAAGAGGGUGAUAAAUGAAUGUUUAUUGGUGAUUGACGUUGUUAAACACAUGUUGUCCAUAUUUUUAAUGUAACGUCUAAUUAGAAGAAGAGUUUCUCUUUAUCCUCAUCAUUGUUAUUAUCGCCAAAGCCUCACAUGCGUUACAAAUUUGGACACUCCAAUGAAGUCAAUGAUUAUUGUG